GAUUCUCAAGAGACACUCAUUCUUUCAGAGAGUCCUUCCGCUAAACGCCAGCGCCUGGACACAGAAGCUAAGCAUGAGCAUUAUUAUGAUGCUGCAAGUGGUACCGGGUAUUUAGCCUGGAGGAUAAAAACUAUUCAGAGAUCCACUGCUAAAGACAGACGAUCAUCAUAUGGAGCAUCAUCCGAAGAAGCAUCUUGUGAACAUGGGCUUGGAGGACCAGCUGCUAGACGAGAGACCCAGUUUGUUCCAGAGACUAUCCUGAGUGAAGAAGAGUGUAAGGAAGCCAUCGCACUGAUUAAGCAUUCAGCCGAUGAGGACACGAUCAAGAAGAAGAUGAAGCUCACAUUUGACUUCCGGCGCAACACGGUCCUCGACCCCCAACAGUCAAGCAACAUACUCUCUGUCUUUCCACGUUUCAAAGAUGUCAAAGGCUUGGUGGAGCAGGAUUUUGUCCUGAUGUUUGGAGAAGACGUGUCUGGCAAGUUUCUGGAGAAAUGGACGACCACCUUCAAGAGAAAGAUCAUCCAACAAUGCAGAAAGCUUCCAACCACUAGUGAUCUUGAAGAACUUCUCCUGGCAGCUGAUACUCCUGAGGAUGACACUGAAGUGGAUGAUGACAUGAGUUGGGACAAUGACCUCUCAUCGAUUUUGCUGCUGCUACACCUGAUUCCCCCCUCUGCCUUGGGUCGUAAGAGACCAGGGAAGGUGUCUGCCUCCCAAGCAGAGAAGCAUCUUGUGGUCUUCAAGAAGACAGGAACCAACAUCCAAGAACAUCUUGAUGCCAUCACGACGAGCACACAACCCUAUCUCCUGGCUGUGGGACGGAGGAAGAAAGUAGCUCACCAGUUCAUCAUCCUUGACAAAAAUGCCAUUGCUUGCAGGUCAACUUCCUCUCUUGGUGCUUUUGAUGAACUGUUUAAGGCACAUUACGUGUUUGCCACAACAUACAACCCCAUGCUGUGCAACAUGUUUACGUUCAUCCAGACCACUGUGUACAAUAUAGAUGUAGGUAAAGUGAAAGAAAGUCCACGUGUGGCAGAAAUUCGGGCUAGGUUGCUUCACUAG